UAAUGCGUAUAUUCAAAUUCCGAACAAAAACAAAGUACGCGCAAUUUGAUUGGAAGAUAGAAACAGGAAGCAGUAUCAAGGCGGUUGUUUUGACCGAAGUAGUAUAAUUAGUAAACAGAAGAAAUGGAUGCAAUAAACCAAGAUCUGACUGGACAAAGCUUACAAGAUUUCCUGCAGAGUGAACUGACAACCUUGUGCAGCAACCUAGAUGAAACAUACAGCGUUUUGUCUCAGAAAUGGAUCGGAACGGAGUUAAAAGGUCACCUGGAGAGACUUGAUCAGGAACAGGAGAAGAAGAUCAAGCAUUAUCAAGAUGAGAUUGGCAGUCAUGAAAACAACAUCAAGAAAAUCCAGGGUCUAGCCAAAAACAACAAAAAAGCCCUCGAGGACCAGGUUCAGCGACUGACAGAUCUCAGACAGGAGCUAAAGAUCCUCACGACUCAGACCCAGUCAGCUCUACAGCAGGGGGAGCAACUCCACUCAGAAAUCUCCAACACCCAGCAAAACAUCCACCAUAGAAACGAAGCACUCAAAGGAACAUCCCAAGACACAGAGAAAACCCACAAAGAACUCGAGCAGGCCCUGGGCUUCUACCGCGACCGACUGGACAUGCACUUCCAGAAGAUAUCAGGUGGACGCCUGCAGUAUUGUUUUUCCUCUGUGGAUAAAGAGAAUCCUGAUGUAACCUGCUGUUUCUGUCUGAAGAUUAAUGGUGACCGAACUUAUACAGUGUCUGAUUUUUCGCCUGAGCUGGAUGGUGUCCAAGAACUUGAAGAGAAACUGAAUUCAACCAAUGAUCUGCGAUCUUUUAUUGUAGCAGUGAGAAAAAAAUUUGUGAAAGCUUUGAAUCCUUCAAAAUAAAACUAUGAAAAUUGUCA